UCUCCCGGCAGAGACUGCGAGCGCGCGUGGGUCGCCGAGAGUGCCGUCGGGCCAGUGAAUACUCGACGCCGGUUGGUCGAGCCGCAGGUCGCAGGACUCGGGGUGCGAAGCAGCCGGUCGGCCCGCCAGGCCCUCACUCCGCCAGCGCGAGUCGAUGGAGGAUGACGUCCGGUGGACCAGAUCCGUCGCCGCCGAGGACCGUCUCAGGAGUUUUCGAGGCCGAGGAAGUCGUGGAGAAGGAGCGAGGCCGCGCGUAAUGGCGUCGCUUAGUAUGUGAUGGUUUAGGGAGAAACGCGUCGUCGCCGCUGACGAGCUCGGCCAGAUAAUGGAGGCCUCGCUCGAAUCUCCCCCGAAUAUUCUUAACGAGGAGGACGAAGAGUGAAGUGACGUGAAAUGGACGAGUGCCUCGGCGACUUCGCGCCGAUCGGGACCGAUCGAAGCGCCGUGAAGUCGAUCCCCAGGUGAAGCUGACCGAUUGGCGAUCGAGGAAGAGCUGCUCUCAACCGAAGAUGUUCGGGACGAAGCUGCGAACGUGGAUGGAAGCGCAUAUAGGGCGACCGAAGAAAAAGAAAGACCGCAAGAAGGGCGAAAAAGCCUUCGACUCGAGCUGCAACUCUCCCUGCGGUUACGGCGCUGAUCGAUCCCCGGCGCUUCACCAGGUGCACCCGCUCAGCUCGCCGGCGAAAAACGUCGACGGGAUCCACCUGCAGACCGCCAGCUACACGACGGUGACCACUUCUUCGGGGACUUCCGGGACUUCCGGCGGGGCCGGAAGUGUGAAUCUCUCGUCGCCGGAGAGCGCCUACAGCACGGGGUACUCGACGGACGGGACUUCUCCUGGGACGAGUUUCCCUCCCGAGUAUUAUAUCAACAUCAGGACGGGCACGCACUACUUCCAGAGCGGCAAGGCCAGGGCGAAGAAGGUCGGCGAAGGACCGCAGCCAGGGUCGCAAGGAUCGCAAGGAUCGCAAGGAUCGCAAGGACAUGGAAGACCCGAAGACCGGGGCCAGACCACGGAUUGCGCGAACACGGCGAAUAUGACCAAGGAGAACAAACCGAGCAGGGACGUCAGGACGAGCACGCCAAAUAAGAAUGGCGGCAUCCAGGCCAACCACGCGAGCAAGCAACCGGCUCAGCAGACUCCGGCGCAGCAGCAGCAACACCCCCAGCAACAGCAGGAGUCCUCCCACCGAAGGACGGAGUCCUGCACCGUGGACUCGACCAGGAAGAGUUUCUCCGUGCCAUCUUCUAUUCCUCCUCCCUUGGUCUCGCCUCCCAUCCAAUCGCCCCGGCAACGAUCUCGCAUCCGGACGAACCCCUGGCUCUCGGCCAACUCUUCGGGGUCCAGCACGGCCGGCUUCAAGUCCAGACUGACCCUCGACGAGACCAGCAGCAGUUCCGGUCUGAAGCUGACCGAGUCCUCCGGGAGCGCCAGCGACGUCAACGUUAACAACCGCCGGGAGAACCAGGCAAGGAGGGAAUAUCGACAGGAGAGUCUCAGCGCUGGUCGUAGCCCGAUCAACCAGAAUUGGAGGAUCUCCCAGGGGAUGGAGGCGAGGCCGAAGAUCCCCCUCGUCCUGCCUCGUCGCAGCAGCAGUAGCUCCUCGGCAUCAUCGGUGACCCGGAGUGCUCGCUCGUCGGAAGACGACAUCACCCUGAACGAGAUGAUGGGAAAAUUCGACGAGAGCUACGUAUACGAAAAGGAGACCGACAUCCUGUCGGACAGCGAUCCGACCGACUGCGAGGACUACAUAGACUCUCUGUCGGACGUCGACACGAGUCGAGACGGUGGGGACGAGAACGACCCCUUCGAGAACGACGACUUCGACUACAUAGACAACGGGUCCUUCCUCGACCUGGACAACUUGGAAUCCUCGGGGGCCUUCCAGAACACGGGUCACUGUACCUACUUCACGUUCACCAGCGAGCUGAGUCGGCGAGGAACCAGGCUGAGAGAGUCCUUCCUGAAGAGGAGGAGCAAGGAGGACGCGGCGACUUACAAGGCAGGCAGCGCUCGGAGUAGCUGCAGGCGGCCGAGCAUCAGGCACAAGAAACUCGACGAGAAGCCUACCGAGAAGCGGAAGAAACGCGCCUCGCAGCGCAGGAAGCCGCCCGCGGACAAGUGCGACGAGGAGACGGCGAAUUUGAACCGCAUCCUGGUGGAGCGGAUGUUGCUGAAGAACUCGGGCUUCAACCAGCUGAGCCGCAGCGUGGGAGGCACCCCGAUCUGCCUGCGCCGAAGGAGGCACGACGUGAACAAGAACGUGUCCCCGGCGAAGUACAGCGAGACCAAGACGCCCGUCUCGACGACGGCGGUGAUCGAGCAGGAGGUGGUGAAGAGGCGUUCCAACUCCGUCAGCUACGUCAACGGCAACGUGGUGCGCAGACGGGUGACGGACGACACGUACAUGGCGACGUUCGCGUCGGAGAUAGCGCUGAUGGAGGCGGACAGAGAGGCCGAUCGGAAGUACCGGGAGCUGAUCCUGGAGGCGGAGAACAUCCUGGUGAACAUGAAGAACCACUCGUCACCCGUGAUGCCGUCCCCCCGGAAGAUCCACAACGGGCUGGCGAACAAGCGGGUGGAGCUGAUCAAGAACACCGAGCUGAACAUCGAGCUGGCCCUUUCGAAGAGCAGGAACUCCCAGCCGGAGCUGCAGAGCGGGAGCAUCAAGGACCUGGAGCACACGAGUCCUAAGAGGCAGUUCGCUCAGGCGUGCUCGCCCAUCCACAGGUUCAUGGAGAGGAAUUUACCCGGCAACGGUCCGGUUUCCAGGGAGAGCUCGUACAGGCAGGAGGGGUCCAGGUGCCCGGGGUCGCCGAUGAUGCCCAGGAGAACCCCGCAGAACUCGCCCAGCAGGAGCCUCGUGCAGGCGCGGAUCAGGAUCAACGAUCCCGAGACCAAGGAGGGCCCGAGGUCCCAGGUGACUCUCACCUACAACGGGGUGGCUUCCUGUAACUCGAACGGGCGCAGGGUCGAGGUAUCCGAUAGUAACCAAAAUCAUUGCAUAGCUUCUUCGGCGAAAAGCGAUCCUUCGGGGCCCAGGAAGGACGGGCGAGCGACGAGGACGACCAAGGACGAGGGUCCCACGUCCAGCUCGUCCGAUUCCGAGGAAAAGUGCGACGCGAGGCGGAAAGCUCCGUUAAUGACGUUCAGGUCCGUCGACAUGGGCCCAAUUAGAGAGGGCUCGUCGUACUGUCCGCAAAGCGAGCCGGUCAAGAGGAAAGUUUACGCCGGCAGUGCCACUUAUGGGAGGAUACAGAAGACUUUGGGGGAACGGCGCGCGAUGCUGAGAAAUUCCGACGGAGACACGGCUACCGAUGACACGGACGACUCGAGGCGAUCUCUGCGAGAAAAAGUGGCUCAACUCCGGCAAGAGAGGCUGGCGACGGGAGCCAGCUUGAACGUUCAAGACUCGCAGAUGUUUCAACACCAAUUGUCUCAACUGCGUCGGCAAAUGCUCGUGCAGACCAUCGAGGGACUGAAACGCAGCCUGGAAGACCAAUCCGCGACAUUGAAGCAGACCUGCUUGGAGCCACAUCUGAGCGACGAGAUACCUUAGAGCGCGUUAUCCUCGAGCCGUAUUAAACUGGCUUUUAUAUCGCCGCCGAUGAAACGUCCAAAAUGGCGCAAGGUACUCUUCCCUCUUCGCUGGGAAGAGUUCCUUAUGCAUUCUUGGGACUACGCUUGAACGUGCAAUUUAACUCAGCGGACACUCAACGCGGACGAAAACGAGCGGAAGACUCGUCGGCCAGGCG